GCUACUGAGCGACGUGGUCGGCAGCGACCACGUCCCAGACACCCGGUUGGUCAAAUCGUCGGUGAAGUCCAUGGCCAGGGCCAUUCAAAAACAACACUUGGUUUUGGAGCGCAUCCACCGGCUUAGGCAGAAAGCCAACGACACUGCCAGCCAGGUUGAAAGCCUUCAAGCCGAGCUCGGCCGGGCUAAAGCUUCUCUCGAGAUGGCCAACAAUGAUAAUAACAGGCUGCUCGGUCAACUGAAUGCAGCCGAGAAAAAACAAAACGAGCUCCAGGCCGAGGUUGACACUUUGAAGAAGGCGAAGAAGAAGGCUUGCCGGGCUGCCAACAAUGCGGGUUUCAACGAGGCCGAGAUGAAUUACAAGAAGCAAGUCUUUGCAACACAAGACAUAUACUUCAAGGCUGGCUGGAAAUCCGCUUGCGAACAGCUCGGCCAGGGCUCUGACACCGACGUUUUUGCCAAUCCUCCCAAAGCUUCACUACCGGUCUACCUCGUGCCAUAUGCAAAUGAUGUAUUCAGUGCGCUUCAAGCGGAGGCCGAGGAGGGGCUUGAAGAAGGGAGUGAUGAGACAGAUUCGGAGGCUGAAGACGCCGUAGUGGAAGUGCAGCCCGGUCAAGUUGAGCCCGGUGCCCAAGAAGCGAGCCCAACCACCAACCUUGAGACUGCCGAGGAUGAAUUCACCAAUCUAUCCCCCCUGAUUUAGUUUUCUUUUCUUUGCAUUUUUGCUUUCAAUACUUUAGAUGUAACCGGGCUCUG